AUGUCGACCAGCGCCACCUCCUCGGGUCGACGACCCCUCGUCGGCGUCUCGUUCAAGAUGUACUUCGACAUUCCCAAGACCAAGUCCUACCUUGACGAGUCCAUCUCGCUCCUCUCGUCCAACCUCUCUUCGCUUGCUCAGCCCGCCGACGUCUUUGUCAUCCCCGAUUUUGUCACGUUGACCUCGGUCGCCUCUCAGAUCUCGUCUGCCAACUCGACGUUCCUGCUGGGCGCCCAGGAUGUACACUCACAAGACUCUGGUGCCUUUACUGGCGAGGUCUCCCCUAAAGUGCUCGCUCAGGCGGGCGUCAAAUUCGUCGAGAUCGGCCACGCGGAAAGAAGGCGAUACUUUGGCGAGACCGACGAAGACGUAGCCAACAAGGCCGCUGCCAUCGCCAAAAACGGCAUGGUCCCGCUCAUCUGCAUCGGCGAAGUGUCCAAGCCCAAGAACAUCAACGAUCUCUCUAUCAGCGACGUCGAGAUGGUCGUCGAAGAGUGCUGGAGACAGAUCCGACCCGCGCUGGAGGCCAUGGAUAACCAGGCUGAGGUAGUGUUGGCCUACGAACCGGUUUGGGCUAUCGGCAAGUCGGAGCCAGCGUCACCAGAGUACGUCGUCAAGAUCACAAAGGCGCUCAGGAGGAGAUAUAACAAGGACUACGUGGAAAGCGCAAAGGGCAGGACGGAUGCUUCCAUGCGUAUCUUGUACGGUGGCAGCGCUGGACCUGGAUUGUUUGCAAAGAUCAGGGAAGGUGUCGACGGGCUGUUCUUGGGUCGAUUCGCUCACCAGCCCCAGGCGUUCAUCGAGACGAUCAAGGAGAUCGCUGGGACAAAGUGA